GUGCGAAAGAGAGCACAACAAGGCGGCGAAAGAACCCCGGAAGUCGAGUGCCUGCGCGGGUCCCCGGCCCUGGGGUGCGCGCACGUCAUGUACGUACGGGGCCCGUCUUCGUCGCAGUCUCCUGACUAAGGUAGAGGCGAACUGAAGCAAAAUGGCGGACAGGUUCUCCCGCUUCAACGAGGACAGGGACUUCCAGGGUAAUCACUUUGAUCAGUAUGAAGAAGGCCACUUGGAGAUUGAGCAGGCGUCUUUAGAUAAGCCAAUAGAAUCGGAUAAUAUUGGACACCGUUUGCUACAGAAGCAUGGUUGGAAGCUGGGCCAGGGCUUGGGGAAAACUCUCCAAGGUAGGACAGAUCCCAUUCCUAUCGUCGUCAAGUAUGAUGUCAUGGGCAUGGGGCGGAUGGAAAUGGAGCUUGAUUAUGCUGAAGAUGCCACAGAAAGGAGGCGGGUCUUGGAAGUGGAGAAGGAAGAUACUGAAGAACUGAGGCAGAAGUACAAGGAUUAUGUGGACAAAGAAAAAGCUAUUGCCAAGGCCCUUGAAGACCUUCGAGCUAAUUUUUAUUGUGAGCUGUGUGAUAAGCAGUACCAAAAGCAUCAAGAAUUUGACAACCACAUAAAUUCCUAUGAUCAUGCCCACAAACAGAGAUUGAAGGAUCUCAAACAAAGAGAAUUUGCUCGCAAUGUGUCAUCAAGAUGUCGAAAAGAUGAGAGAAAGCAGGAGAAGGCACUUAGGCGCCUGCAUGAGCUGGCUGAACAGAGGAGGCAGCCUGACUGUGCUCCAGGAAGUGGGCCGAUGUUUAGAACCACUACUGUCGCUGUAGAUGAGGAAGGAGGAGAGGAAGACAUGGACAUGGCAGCUCCCACUAGUUCCUCCUCCAUCUCACCAGCUUCUGGGCAAGCUACAAAUAUGGUUGUGGACAAGGGUACAACUUAUGCCAGUGGGCAAAGCAGUAGCAACUCUGGGCUUGGACAAGAUCUUGUACAAGUACCUCAGACUGUCAGUUUAGGGGUUAACCCUCUCAAGAUAGGUGUAUCUUUCUCAUUUGCCAAAAAGGCCCCUGUGAAGCUUGAAUCAAUUGCCUCUGUCUUCAAAGAUCAUGUAGAUGAGUCCAGUUCUCCUGAUGAUGAAGUCAAAGCUGAUGAGAGAGCCCACUCAGAAUCUGGAGCUUUGGGAAAGAUUGGAGAGACAGAAGGUACAAACAGCCCUGAGAGUAAAGGAGAUGAUGAAGAACAACAUGAAAAGGAGGGGGGGAAUCUAAACACCACACUGUCAAAACUGAAAAAGAUGAAACGAGAUGAUGGUCCAGUGGCACUAGAACCAGAAUAUUACCACUAUAUUCCACCUGCCCACUGCAAGGUGAAACCCAAUUUCCAAUUCCUGCUAUUCAUGAAGGCCACAGACCAGGUAGAAGCAGAAGCUAUGAACAAAAAAGCAGCCCAUGAAAGGAAACGGAGCAAUUCCCCCAAGCCCAAAGUGACCAAAAAUGGUGAAAAGGUGGCAGUGGCAGAAUCUGUUCCUCAGCAGAAAGAACAGGGUCCUGCCAGCAAAAGCAACAAAACAGAAGACAAAGGCCCCCCAGAAGAAGUGGACAAACAGGAGGCGAAACAGCUCAAGGGAAGUGAUGCUGUAGAGCCAGAUGUCACUAAAGAGAUUUCCCAGCCACCAUCAACCAGUAAAGAAACUGCAGAUGGGCCUAAGCAUUUAACAGGGCCCUUUUUCCCAGUUUUGAGUAAGGAUGAAAGCACUACCCUUCAGUGGCCUUCAGAACUGCUGUUCUUCACCAAAGCAGAGCCAUCUGUAUCAUACAGCUGCAAUCCCUUGUAUUUUGACUUCAAACUUUCUCGUAACAAAGAUGCAAAAGCAAAAGGGGCAGAGAAACAGAAAUUGGCAACCAGCAUUUCAAAGGAGAAAACCUCCACUGACGAUAGCAGUGCAAGCAAGAGCAAAGAGGUGGACCUAGCUGGCAACUCCACCUCAACAUCAGAAAACAAGUCUGUCCCAGCAUGCAGCAAGCAGGAAUCCAACCCUGUGAGUGUUGCCAAGGGGGAAGGUCCAGAAGAAGGCAGUAAAGGCAGUCAGGUCAGCCGCAAAAUGGGGAAAUCCCACAAACACAAAAAGAAGAAGAAGCACAAGAAGUCCACCAAGCAUAAACGCCGGCGUAAAGGAGAGACAGAUGAGAAAAACAGAGAGGGUGACCUUGCAGAAGAUAAAUCCAAGAAACGGAAAAAACACAAACACAAAAAGAGCAAGCCUUCCUUCCCUACUGAAGGUGAGCGAGCACAAGGGACUGAAGAUUCUGGUUUUUCCAAGAAAAGAAAGUGGUAUUCCCAAGACUCCCAGCGGAAAUCUCUGUCUACGGAAGACAGUGGCAGCAAGAAGGAGGAGAGCGGCACCUCCUCCCAAGAUCACAACAGCAAAAAAACAAAGGGAGAACUGCAGCCAACAUCAUCUGCCACUAAGAGGCGGUCUUCCACAUCAGCUUCUGUUCACCCCAGCCAUAGAGGCCGACAGAGCAGUGGUGGCUAUGAGAGUGAUGAAGACUCCUGCCACAAGCACUUCCGGCAGAAGUCAAAAUCUCAGUACAGUGAUGAUUAUGACUCUGGCAGUGACUGUUCACGAAGCCGCUCUCGAUCAGGACGUAGGCAUUCUUCUCGAAGAUCAUCUCAGAGGUCGUACUCAACAAGUUCGUAUGCCUCCUCAGACAACAGCAGGUACAGCCGGCAGCGAAGCUACUCAGAAGACAGUUAUAGUGACUACAGUGACCGAUCACGGAGUCGUACCAAGCGCUCUCAUGACUCAGAGGAUGAUUCAGACUAUGCAAGUUCCAAGCGCAGGUCAAAACGGCGCAAGUACUCUUCUUCUGAAGAUGACUACAGCCUGAGCAGGAGCAGGUCCCAGAGCCGAAGCCGGAGUCGAACUCACACCAGAGGAAGGUCAAGGACGAGAAGUCGAGGCAGGACACGCAGCCGUAGCUGUAGCCACAGCCGGAGUAAGCGGAGGAGCCGUAGCCGAACAGGGCACAGCUGGAAACGUAGCCGGAGCUACAGCAGAGAGCGCAGCAGGAGCACAAGAAGUCUUUCUCAGAGGUCUCUGUCAAGGAAGGGAUCCCGAGGUCAUGAAAGCCCUGGAGAGAGAAGAUCUGGACGGCGUGACUUCAUCCGUUCCAAAAUCUAUCGCUCACAGUCUCCUCACUACUUCAGAGCCAGACAAGGUGAAGGACCUGUGAGAAAGGAGGAAGCAAGAGGAGAUGAGGGGACAGGGACCAGCAAUCUCUCCCAAAGUACUGGCAGCUCCGGCAUGGGGAGCAACUGUAAUUCUGAGGAGAAGAACUCUGCCACAGCCAAGCUCCUCUUGGAAAAAAUUCAGUCCAGGAAGGUAGAGAAAAAGCCCAGCAGCACAGAAGACUCCCCUGCAGGGCCUCACAAAGUUGGGAUAAAGCUGAAGGAUCCACCACAGGGCUAUUUUGGCCCUAAGCUCCCUCCUUCAUUGGGCAACAAGCCUGUCCUUCCAUUAAUCGGAAAGCUUCCCACAGUCCGAAAACCCAGCAUGAAGCAGUCUGAAGAGCCUGGAUUAGAAAGAGGUGAGGAGCUGGAGCUGUCAGAGCAGGAUGAAGCAACACAGGAUGGCGGGGAGACAGCCACAGAGAGUCAGCCUCAAGCAGAAGAGACCUUGGUGACAGGAACAGAGGACACCCUCCCAAGUGAACCAAAACAGGAGGAUGCAACCCCAGAGAUGGCUGCUGUUCCUCUUGAGCCACCAGCGCUCCCAGAACACUAUGGAUCAGGUGAUCUUGUUGUAACACAGAGCUUCCUACCUGAUCCCAGUGAAGAAACUUUAGAAUCGCUUGACAGUGGGAAUCCACCAGUUUCCCUGGAAGGCAGGAUGGUGCCCCUGGUGCCAGACGUUGAGCACUUCCCUGGCUAUGUCCCACAGAGUGGGGAACCCAGCAUCAGUGGGGAGCCUGAGGGUACUGAGGACUCUUCCCUGGCACCACUAGAGAGUCAGCCCAUCACUUUCACUCCAGAGGAGAUGGAGAAAUACAGCAAGCUUCAGCAGGCAGCUCAACAGCACAUUCAGCAGCAGCUCCUGGCCAAGCAAGUCAAGGCAUUUCCUGCCUCUGCAGCCCUGGCUCCAGCUGCAGCCCCUGCUCUGCAGCCCAUCCACAUCCAGCAGCCUGCAGCUGCUGCAGCCACCUCCAUUACCACUGUGCAGCAUGCCAUCCUACAGCACCAUGCUGCAGCCGCUGCCGCUGCCAUUGGAAUCCACCCUCACCCUCAUCCCCAACCACUUGCUCAAGUACAUCACAUCCCCCAGCCACACUUGACUCCCAUCUCCUUGUCCCACUUAACCCACUCCAUCAUCCCAGGGCAUCCUGCCACUUUCCUGGCUAGCCACCCCAUCCAUAUUAUUCCUGCCUCUGCCAUCCAUCCGGGACCCUUCACUUUUCACCCUGUCCCCCAUGCUGCCCUCUACCCAACCCUUCUAGCACCCCGACCAGCCACUGCUGCUGCAACAGCAUUACACCUCCACCCUCUUUUGCAUCCCAUUUUCUCAGGCCAGGAUUUGCAGCAUCCCCCCAGUCAUGGCACAUGAAGAAGUGAGAGAGGCAGCCUCUGUUAGGGGUGGGGAGGGAGAGAGAGAGAGAGAGAAGACAGAGCGUAUCUGUCUGUGCAUGUGUAUCAGUCUGUCUUGCUGUCUGACAGGCCACAGCUGACACAACCAGAGAACAGCCAAAGAAGGGGGAGGUCUAGCAGUCUGGAAAAGGGGAAGGCGUUGUCACUGGAGGUCUGCUUGUGAGGAUUGUCAAGGGCCCAUUCAUCCAGGGAGACAGCUUGUUCACAUCUAUGGGGGGGGGUGCCCUCUUUUUAAUUUCUGAUGCUCAUGUUUUUAUGUUUUUAUUUCAACUCUGAAGACUGAAGUGAGUAAUAAUCUGAAUUAUUUUGCCUUCAGUAUCUGUGUUCAUUGUAAAGUAUGAAAUUAGUGAUUUGAGUCCAGCAUAGAUCUUAUAUGGAACAAAAAAAGCUAAGAGCUGGUCAGUCCUUUGGUAUAUCCUUCUGUUGCCCCCCUUCCCUUCUGGUUUCCAUUCAAGAAACACCAUUCAACAGAUUGCUGGCCAUCACAGGCAGGAAGCAGUGGCCAGUUUCCAUCAUCAGGCAAAGCUUGGCUGGGCUGCUCUUCCCAAUGCUACUGAAAGAAUAAAGGGCAAUCCCUUUUAUCAAUUGUUGAAGCAAUACAUUGUCCUGGAGUCCUGUGAACAUCCUGAACAUGACUCUGUGACUUGUACUCUUUCCUCUGUAAUAUUUGAUGGUUCCUUCUUAACUUAUGAUUUUUAUUUCCGAAGGAAAAGUAAGUUUUAAAAAAUUGCACUGAACUCUGUACAUGUACAAUGCUGCUUUUUGUAGCUUCUCUGACAAAUGUUCCAUAUUGGUAGUAUACCGCAAUAACACUUUCUACAGCCUGUUCUUUGAGUGGUGCUCGUUCAGGUGGCUUUGGUUAUCUAUACAUUUUGAUGUAGUUGGAAAGAAACUCACAUCAAAGUUUCAAAGCUUCUAGUUGUGGCUAGAGCACAAGAUUAUUUCAAGCAUGUAUAUUUUGAGCUCUUUUUUUGGUGAAAUUUUUAUGUACCAUAACUAAAGUGAAAAAAAGAGAGAGACUUUUCAUUUUACAGAAGAAAAUGUGACAAUAUUUAGAAUAAGCAAGGAGCAGUGGUCUUGAACCUUUUUAUAUUACAGCUGAUGAACUCCAUCCUGUGUAAUGACAUCUCUUGUAAUUUCUGAGAAAAGGGAGCUAGCAUGGCAGUCGAGAUGUUUACUGCAGGUGUUAAACAUGUUACUCGUUUGAGGACUCAGUUGGUUUAGUGGAGGGGGAAGUUGAUUUUCAGGCAGUAGGAAAGGCAGGAUCACUCGAAAGCCUUGCAGUUUCCCUUGGGAUUCACAGUUUCUAGCUAGGUGUGUACAUGUUUUUCUUUCACACCUUUUUAUUUUCAGGUAUGUGUGCUUUUUAUGUUUUGGAGAAGUUUGAGUGGUUUGUUUUUGUUUUUAAUCCUGUUCUUUCUUGGGAUUUUCUUCUAGCCUGAUGGGUUGCCCUUUCCUCACAACUGUUCUCUUCAUGUAGAUGAUGUCUAUUUCGAAAGAAAAUGAAUCGCCCUUUUGUCACUCCGUGGGGCAUUUGAAAAAAGGACAGGCAUCCUUCCAGUUAAUCUUAAAAUCUCUGUUUUGGUGGGAUGAAGAAUAUAGAGGUAGGCUGGUUUCCUGCAGAAUGAUGGCUGUUUGCAAUCCAACUGUGUCUGUACUAGAGGGGCGUUGCCAGGUUGUGUCCUGAGAAUACGGUUUCCACUCCCAAAAUUGUGAAAAUAAUCACUUUUGCCUCCUGUCCCGAGGUUCCCAGGCCAUAGACUGCUCCAAGCUUCCUUGCAUUUUUCUAGAAAGAGACUAGCUCUGGAAAAUGCUGCUCUGACAAAGGGACGGUUCUAGUUGCUGUAGAUAUUCAACAAGUAACAGUAUUAAUUUCUCAGUGCUUCAUUUCCUUGAGAUUCAAACUGAAGAAGAUACAGCACCCCAGUGAGGGCACAAGAGGAGACUGGACUUCCACAAGAGUGCUUACAACAAAGAGAACACACUAUUACUUCAGUAUCAGCAGGCUAUAUUUAACUUUGUCACAUAAAAGUAUAUAUAUAAAUAUAUAUACAUGCUGUAAAAAUGAAGAAAAUAAACUUUCUAAUAAACUAGUAAUUUGGG